AUGGCCGCUGAUGCAAGCGCGGCGCACUAUGCGCCGCGCGCUGCGCCUUAUGCCCUCGUACCGUUCCAUGAUAUAUACGAGCAUCUCGAGGGCGCGCGCCAAAAACACACAUCAGAAGACCUGCAGCAGCUGUUGGAACAACGCCUGCCACAGCUGCGUUCGUGUGGCGAUCUGUGCAAGCCACGCGCGCCGUCGCUCCGUGAUACGUUUAUGAAAAAGACACAGGUCGAGUGGCAUGGCCACAACCUCGAAGUUGAUGCGCUCCAACGCGACUUGUGCGUCGCGAUUAGCGACCGGCUCGAUAUAGACGAAGUCGAGGCGCUGGGUAUGUUGCGCACGUUUCUUGACAGCGAGCACCGUUCUGUUGAUGCGCUGGAACGUACACUUACAUUUAGUUCGGAAGGCUUUGACGACUUCCUGGAUGCAUUUUACGUGUUUUAUUUUGAAGAGCAGCUCGCGCUCAUUCGAUGCACUAGUGCCUUGCUGCGGAUCGCAGAAGAUGCGCGCAAUGAGCUUUUCAGUACGGCGAUGGCUGUGCUCGAUCAGAUGGAAGAUGCUGAUCUCGCGCGCGGCUGUUUGCAGCGCUUCGAGGAGGAGAUGAGCAAGGCGCUGCCCUCUAGCGUCGCGGGCGAUACACACUAUGCCUCGCUGUGGGCGCGUCACGGCUUGGAGAGGCAACUGGCACUGUUGGAAGUGGCUUUCUUGCUUUACUAUGGACGCCUAUCGCCGAGCGCCGCCUUUCUUGCUGACAUACUUGAGUGUGGGCACCGUACGCAGUUUGGGCAGCGGCAAGCGAAUGCCAGCCUCUUUGAUACAGAUGCGCAUGCCAAAUGCCGAUGCAUUCGCGACCUGCUUUUGUUUUUAGCCAUCGAGUGCUUGAACCUUGAAGCGGCGCUGGAUGUCGUGCCUGAAGGCAUUGCCGCGCCCGAUGAUGCAGCACUCGCGCCUUUGGCGACAGACCCUGACGCACUGGAACGGUGCCUUGUGCAAUUGGAGAAAGCCGCGUCAGAUGUGGCGUAUGCGCCGUUGCUGCUUAGCUUUGCCCUCGUGCUACGCCGGUUUGACGAGGUCGGCUCACAUACGCCCCUCGAGCCACGCUUGGCUGCGACCUUGGACGUGGUCGAUCAUGGACCUCAAAUAUGGCGUCGGCUCCUACAGGGCGCUUUUGAUCCGAGCAUGCAGCUCUUUGACACCCUGCAUUCGCUCGUGACAUCGCCGCUGUUGCGGACGGCUACACGUGCGUUGGGUGCAUCAAAUCUGUCGGCCCUGGCGUAUCGCGCGGUGUUCAAAGGACUGCUGCUCACCAUCACAGAACUUGUGCAGCCCGAGUAUUUACCAGAUCUGGAUCCGCUGGUGGACUUAUGGUGUCUCACAUUCCGCGCGAUGCCAGGCGACGUCCCGGAUGGCAUUGCUGCGCUGUGCACGCAGUUUUGGACGCAAGACAUUCAGUACCCGACCCGUGCGUCUUUGCUGGACACGGUGCGUCGUCGCUUUCCCGCCAGCUUUCUGCCAUUGGUGCGCCUCGCACAUGCACUCUCCGGCACGGCACCAGAUGCGCCCUCGCCCGACACGGUCGCGGCCAUGAUGAAUGCGCUGGCACACGUGUCGUCGGUAGCCCUCAUCCUGCCCCAGCGCACGGCGGGACUCGGCCUAUGGGAAACGCUCGAUGAAGCGGGGGCGCCAUCGGUCACGUAUCGAUUGCAGGCUGACAUGCCCGUCGCCCUCACACAGAUGCAUGUGCCUGCCGGCACGCAUGGCGUGCUCAUUUCUCCAUCGGGCCAAGCACCGGCCAUUGUUCUGUGGCAGCUCGCCACACCGAUCAGUGCGUGGCACAUUCUCCACGACGCAUUCGUAUCCAGUGUCGUGCCCUCGUCCAGCGCGACUGACCCUGCGUCGCUGGAAAAUGACUCGCCGACGCUUCUUUCUCCCGACUGGGAAAACGAUAGCGGUAGCGUGGGCGUGAUCGUGGCAGAACUCUUUGCAGAUGUGCUCCAAACCGAGGAAGCCCUGGGUGAGGCUCUCUUGGCACAUCUUGGCGAACAAGAAGCGCUCGUCCCAGCCGCCGUCGCGCUGGUGCAGGCCGGUCUCGCGUCUCAACCACUGGAUACACGUCGCGUGUAUGCUGGCUACCGCCUGCUGAUGGCCCUUUUGCCGCUGCGGCCUAACGACAUUUGGCAGCAUGUCCGCUCGACCAAUGUGCUGAUCGGUAGUCCUGGACAUGUGCCGCUUCUCGACGCCAGUGUGCCACGCUCGGCACUGCUUACGCACGAGCGCCGCACAGGUGUGUUCACAGGCACCUUCUGCCUUCUUGAUUUGCUAUAUGCUCUCCUCGAACACAUCCAGUCGACGCAGUUUGUCGAUCCUCCCUCCCUUGUACAAGUGCAGGCGUCUGUUCUUGCUCGUGCCAUUGGCUGGGCCGGCUACCACAUCUGGCACGACCACCAGCAAUGGCAUUACGCAGACAACCCGUCUGGAUGGAUGCAUAUGAGUUUCAAGUGCCUUCGUCUGUUUUCGGCCGUCUUGAGCGAUCCGUGCUUUCUUGCACCGCUCACAGCCAAGGACCCUCCGGCUGCCGUGCUGGCUGUGCAGCCGCUGCACCUGGCUGUCGAGCACGUCUUGGGCCACGACGCCUCGUCUGCGACGUUUGCGCCGAUGCUCCAUGCGCUCGGUGUCGGCCACGCACGUAUCGAUGCGCUGUACCGUGCCGGCGACACCCAAUAUGCUCAUGUGCUGGAGGAGCUCAUGGCCUUGUGUCUCGAGACGUCGAGUCUCCUCGUCGCGCGGCCCGACACGUCCCAUGUGCUCACGGCACUUCUCGUUGGUGCGGCACCGGGAGGCGGCGAAACCCUCGCCAGCGUGAUAUUUGCGUACAUCGCUGCGCCUGUGUCGCCCUCGUUGGCUACGGCCGCCGCCCAUCUCCUCACAGACAUGGUCCGUGCGCCCGACAUGGCUGCGCUGCGCUUGGCCGGUCAUCUCGGCUCGACCAAGCAGGUGGAAGAUGCAGUGGAUCAGCUGCUGGGUGUGCUGGAGAAUACGGCGGCUGAUGCGCCGCUUCGCAUAGCGCUCUGGCACAUGUUGAGUGCGUUUGUGUCGAACCAGCCUGCGCUGGCGACGCUGCUGCUGACGGGUGCUCAUCUAGCCCACGAUUUGAGCCAGCAUUCGUCGUCCAAGCCACGGGCGCUGCAUAUGACGGCGCUCGAUUUGGCCGUGCAAGCGCUGCGAACCGUGGACGAACUUUGGGAUGCGAAUCCCCAGCUAUUGGAUGCCGUGCUGUACUUUUUGAACGAGGCGUGGGCGCAGGCAGCGGCGCAUCCUCAGGUGUUUGGUGAGUUGCGUACGCAAUCAGCGCUGUGGGAUGGUCUCGUCGAGCUUAUCCGGCGCCCCGUGCCUGUGCCGCCCGCACUUGACGUCGAGGCGGACGAGUCAGCGACGCUGUAUGCAUCUCGCCUCUUGUGCCAAGCGCAUGCCCUGGGUCUCUUGCCAUGUGACCUCAGUGCUAUGCGCGCGCCACGGGCCCAGCCGACGGACAGGGCCGGCUGUGUGCGCGUGAUGCUGGCGCUGUGCUCUGAUGCAAGUGCUUUGCAACGUACUCUGCACGAUGCGAUGCUGACUAUGCCGGCUGCUGUGCCCAUGACGAUGGAGAAGCAUUUGUGCGAGACUGCGCCGGACGUGCCUUGGGCCCUGCUGCGCCACAAGCCACAACGCCAUGACUAUGAGCGCGAACGCGCAUUUGGUCCAUCGUACAUGUAUGAUCUUCCUACGGUGCUGCGGCGCACGCGUCCUGAUCCCUUGUUGGCAUCGUCCCAGCAGGCUACACGCUCUGAUGUGCUGCAUUGUGUGGCGCAGGUAAGUCUGCGGUGGUCGGUCGUGGAUGCUCAAGCACGGCGGGCUGUCGCGUGGACGGAUUGCUUGGGUAUCAUGACAGCGCAUCUGCUCGCCCAAGCCGAGGCGCAAGGUGCCGCAUCCCUGGAGGCCCUGCAGCGCUCGCUCAGCGAAGCGGCGCUGCAUAUUGGCCCCUUGGCCCUCGAGCAAGACCGCCCCCACGUCGUGACUUUGUUGGCUGUGCUCAUAGGCGCCUCGCAUGUCCGUCUCGACGCGGCAGCGCUGGAGAAGCUCAGCACGCUGGUCGCCAAGCUCGGUGAAUCGUCUGCCUACAAGUUGCCGGCGUUCACGUCACAGGGCGUGCGCUCGCCCCUUGUGCAGCUCAUGCUGGCGGUGGCGUCAUGCGCGCGCCGCCACAAGGCCGCCUUGCCAGCGCUUCCGACCAUGGUCGGUCAAGCGAUGGACGUAUUUCUUCGUCUCGAGUCGCUCGCGCCUCUGCUAGAGAAGCCGCUGAGUGAGUCGGCACGGCAAGCCGAGAGGGAUCUCGAUACGCUGGUGGCGUUCCUGCACAAGUGCAUGGCGCCUGAGGCGCAUGUGCCGGCUUCAACGUGGCUGGGUCCGAUCCGAGAGACACGUAUGCUUCCUAUUUGUGCCGAGCUACUGUCGAGCAUGCCACUUACGCCGGAGCACGACGGCGUGGGUGCGCCGCGGACGCACAUGCGCUUCUUUAUGCCGCUCUUACGCUUUCUCGAGGCUCUUGCAUCGCACUCAUCGGCGUGUGAGCUCGUAGCACAUGCUGGUGUCGUGCGGGCCCUGUGUGCCACGGCGCUCAGCUCGACGCUCGAGCAGGGCGGUCUGGAUGCUGUGCAGCCCUCGGGCGAGCCUCAUCCCUUGCAUGCGGCAUGGCUACUGAUGCUGCGCAUUGUCGUGCGGCUCGUGGAGAAUCUGGGGCUCGAAGAUGCGCGCGGCCACCUUGUCGAUGCGGAUGUGCAGGUGUUUGUGUACAUGUAUGCGGCGCAGCUGCGCCGCUCCCUUACGUUUUCGCCGUUGACCCAAACGAAUCCCUUGGAUGUGGGGCAGCUGCAGGAAGUGGCCAUGGUCCUGCGUCUUUUCCGGAGCAUGUGGACGGCGAAGGCGCCUUGCCAGACUGUGAGUGGCGCGUCGCCGCAUCAGCGCGCCGCCAUGAUGCCUCUGGGCGAGCCGUUCCUCCAGGAUACCCCACUGCUGUUACAGCAGCUCGCCUAUCUCCGCGGCCAUGCCGAUGAGCUGUCGACGAUGCUAGGCUUUGACGCUUCCACGCCACCGACAGCGCCUGUGCUGCAGCAUGCACACGAGACUGUGGCCGAGAGUCUGGUCAUGCUGCUUACGCUGAUGUGGGAUAUGAGUGGCGCUGAUGUGAUCAUGACAUGCGAUCCGCACGACUGGCCCAUGCUGCCGGCCCUCAUCCAUCCCUCCAUGCACGUGGCAUCCCAUGCGCCUGCGUCGUUCGGCACGCUUCUUGAGCUCGCCAGCACCCUCACGAAGCAGGUGCAGCGCAAGGAAAGCGGGGCAGCGGAGGCACUCGAGCAGUGCAUUGGCCUGUGUGCGACGCAGGCCAUGGCCUGGGCUCAGGGACCCAUGCCGCGACAAGGGAGCGAGUCCAUCUCGAUCCAUGUUGACCAGGCUCAAGCAGAGCUUGACGCCGGUCUAGGCCGCGAUAUUGAGGCGGCCAUCCAGUCGGCCUCCGAGGCUGACGCCAGUGCGUGGUGGAAGGCACUGUCGGCGUUCCAUGCACGGUAUAUGCAGUCGCGCGUGUAG